UCUUCUAGCUUCAAAGCUGUAUUCAUGUCUUCACUCCCUCCUCCUUCUGUGAAGUAACUUGAGUUUGGCAUGUGUUGUAAAUGUUAAGUAUGUGAGGGUGCAGUAAUAGAAACUGUCAGAGGUGGCGCUGUAGCAGGAGGUUUGACCUCUUGUUCAGAAAAUGGCGUCGGCGGAAGUUCGUAAGCAUUAUUCACGGAAAUGUACAGGGCGCCGACAUUUUGUCGUACGGAAAUCGUGCGCGUGGCUCCGCCAUCUUGUUGUACGGAGCGAGAGCACACGGCGCCGCCAUCUUGUGGCACACACAGGUGCUGCAAUUGAAAUAAAAGAUCUCUGAGAAAUUCUCUCGGGAUUACAUUAUGACAUGUCACUGUUUGGCCAAAUGGAAGGUUGAUCGGCGCGACUGGGAUCUCUCAGGGGUGCCAGGAACCGGGAAAAAAGGCUGGUGAAGGGUUAAAUGUUCGUGCAGCAGUUUUAGCUCUUUCAGCCACCCUGGUGGGGCUGGCCUGGCUCCAAGCAGCCUGGAUGAGGUCAUGAGCUCUGGAGUGACUGGAUUCAGCGUCUUACCUCUAUGGAAACAGAACCUCACAAUAGGAGAGACAACAAACAGGCAGCAGAAAGAAAAUACCUGGGGCUCCAUGACUUAGGAGACAGGAACAGGGAUGGCCAACUCCACAAGUGAUCCAGAGACAGGCAAAGACAUGGAAGAUCUGACAGAAGGCUUGGAGGAAGUCUGUGAGAGUUGUAAGGAGCAGAGUGAGGACGUGCUGCUGCUUUCACACCUAGAGCAGCAUCAUCAUCAUCUUGUCUCUGUACUGAGGAAGAAAGUGGAUGACACAUAUGAACGCUGCAGAGACCUGGAACAGCUUAACAUGGAGCUGGAGAAACUGAGGGCAGAGGAUGCUGUGAAAAUUAAAACCCAGACCCAGCGCAUUCAGUAUUUGGAGGGGUGCUUCAUGGAUCUGGUCAAAAACCAUGAAAAGAUGAUCCAGUUCAAAAAUGAACACAAAAGCUGGCACAUGCAGCUGUGGGAGGAGAACACACUGUGGCAGGACAGGGAAGCACUCCUCAGCCAGGCUGUGAGGGAGAAGGAAGCUGAAGUGCUCUGGCAAGCGGCCCAGGCCAGGCACUCUCAGCAGUUGUGCUCCUUCCAGGAGAAAUACACUUACGAGAGUCACAGAGCCCAGGAGCGAGAGAAGCAGCUGCUGGAAGCUCAGCAGCAAGCAGGUACCUACGCCCGGGAGGUGCAUUCACUGAAGAGGCAGCUGCAGCUCCUACAGAAGCACCAGCAAGCUGCUGCAAGGGCUGAGCAGGCAGAGAGUCAGCAGAGGGCUCAGGACAGUGAGUUGCAGGCCAAGCUGGAAAGGGUAUGUGAAGAGAAAGAGCAGCUACUGAACCUGGCCAUGGAGAGGAGUGAAGCUCUGCAAGAUAAGGAAUGGGAGAUUCAGAAGCUGGAGGAGAAGCUAGAGACUGUGGAAGAAGCCAUGCAGAGAGAAGGGGAGAUGCUUAAGAAAGAGGCAGCACUAGACAAAAAUCUGAAAGUUCAAGAGCUCCAAGGACAGCUAGAACAUAGCAAGCAGGCAUACAAUGAACUCUUGCUGCAGUUCGAUGCUUACAGAAAGCACAGUAUGGAUUUGCUGACUAAAGAGGGAGCUCCUAAUGUCAAACUCCAUCACUUUGUUGCAUAACUGCAUUUUUUUUCUCUGUUCUCUUCUCAACAGGUGCCUCUGUGGUCACACACUCCUGAAUUUUGUUCCUUUCCUUGGGACCAUCUUCUGGUUUCUUUAUACCAUCCUCACCAUUUUAAACCCUCCUCCGUUGGCAGUUCUGUAGCCUUUCUGUCAUUACACUUUUAUGAAAUUAAAUCACUAUGCUCUUAAAUCUGAGCACGGAUCAUUGAACCAGUCAAACCUGUGACAUGAAUUAUUAGGAUGGAAAACAUAAAAUAUGAGCUUGAUUUAUUUAGUGCUAACCUCUGCUUAAUCAUAGGUUUUCUUUUUUUACUGUUAAAACCACUUUAUUUUUCAAAAUGACCAAAAGCUCAAACUCGUAGCCUUUUGUAUUUGAUUCUGCUUUGAAGUUCAACAGAGGCUGGGCACGUAAGAGGCUCUGAGACUCCAAGAAAUUCUACCUUGCAAUAUCUCUGCAAUUCUCUAAAUUCAGGAAUUUAACAAGUAAUCCAAUAAUCUCAUACAACAACUGAUUCCUAAGCAAAUUACUGUUUAUCAUUUUCUAGUAGUUUUACAGAUUCUGUAGUAAUUUAAAUCCUAUUUAAUGCUAUA